UGGAGCCUGGCGGUCAGAGGGUCUGUGUGCUGGUGGUGUCUGCCAGAGGGGCAAAGUGAGGUCUGAUAAAAUGCUGUGCCAAGGGCCGGCAUGAGGCACGCGUCCAAGAGAAGGGCCGUCUGGCGGGACACGGGUUCGAGUCCUGAUCUGGGAAGAUCCCACAUGCCAUGGAGCAACUAAGCCCGUGUGCCACAACUACCGAGUCUGCACUCUAGAGCCCACGAGCCACAACUACUGAGCUCACGUGCCACAACUCAUGAAGCCUGCACACCUAGAGCCUGUGCUCCACAGCAAGAGAAACCACCGCAACGAGAAGCCGGCGCACCGCAAUGAAGAGUAGCCCCCACUCACAGCAACUAGAGAAACCCCGUGUACAGCAACGAAGAUCCAACACAGCCAAAAGCAGCCUGUGGAUGCCGUGCAGCUGGAGCAGCUGUUGGGGAAGCUGAUGCCUGCUCUGCAGCACCUGGAUCAGGAGGUCCUGGCGGCCAGGCCCUUCCUGGCCACUGAGCAGGUCUCCCUGGCGGAUCUGAUGGCAUUCACAGAGCUGAUGCAGCAGGGGCCCAGCAUGGGCCUGGAGCUCUACCUGGACCUGCUGUCCGCAUCGUGCCGUGCUGUCUACAUCUUCGCCAGGAAGAACAGCAUCCCUUUCGACUUGCAGUUUGUGGAUCUGCUGAAAGGUCACCACCACAGCAAGGAGUACAUCGAGAUCAACCCCCUGAGGAAGCUGCCCAGUCUCAAGGAUGGAACAUUUGUCUUAUCCGAAAGCGUGGCCAUCCUUUUCUACCUGUGCCGCAAGUACAGUGCACCCUCGCACUGGUACCCGCCAGACCUGCACACGCGCGCCCGCGUGGAUGAGUUCAUGGCCUGGCAGCACACAGCCAUUCAGCUGCCCAUGAACAAGAUACUCUGGAUCAAGCUGCUGAUCCCGAUGAUCGCGGGUGAGGAAGUUCCAGCUGAGAAGACAGAGCAGGUGCUGGCAGAGGUGAAGCACAACUUGAAGCUCUUCGAGGAAAAGUUUCUGCAGGAGAAGAUGUUCAUCACUGGGGACAACAUCUCCCUGGCCGACUUGGUAGCCCUGGUGGAGAUGAUGCAGGAGCUGGAGGGUCAGCGUGGGACAAGGAGAAGAACACAGUGUUUCUUGGUCAGUCGGCCAGGAUCCUGGAUGCCUCCUCCUCCCGCUGGACUCUCCGGGAAUUGUCCAGAGGCUUCCAAAGUGUCCUUCCAGCCAAAGUGCCUCUUUUCCAGAGCUCCAGACAGAUGGUUGUACAGAGCAACUCCCUGGCUCUGGCCCAUGGCGGGCAACCAUAACGUCUUCCUGAACAGCUCCAAGCUGGCCGAGUGGCGCAUGAGGGUGGAGCUGGCCAUCGGCUCCGGCCUCUUCUGGGAGGCCCACGACCGGCUGGUGAAGUUGGUGGAGUGGGACUGCUCCACGCUGGACCCGAUGGUCAAGGAGAGGAUCUGCGAUUUGCUGCAGAAGUUCAAGUAGAAGCAGCCCAGCCUGCGGGCCUGGCCGGCUCAGCCCCCGGCGCCUCCUACCUUAGGGAAGACGCUGAAAAUCACUGUUUGCCUAAUAAAGAACUGGAACAACCACCACGGUUGCUGAGCCUGGGACGCACGUCUGAUGUGGUGGGUCUGGGGGGCGGUCACAAGUCCCCCCAGCUUCCAAAAAGAAUUUGAAAGUUAAAGGUUAAACAUGAUUAAACUGUCAAUAAUAAGAGUUGAUGACUUCAGUGCUCUACUUUCACUAAUGGAUGAAAUAGUGAGACCAAAGAUCCCCAAGGAAAUGGAUGAUUGAGCAACACCCUAAACCCAUCGGCCUGCCAACUACACAUAGCACUGCACCCACAACACAGAAUACACGUUCUUCUCAAGGGCACAUGCAGUAUUCUCCAGUUUAGACCCUUUGUGAAGCCAUAAAAUAAAUCCCAAGAAAUUUAAACAGAUUGAAAUCAUACAGUGUGUGUUUCUGAACACAGUGGAAUGAAAUGAGAGAUCAACAACAGAAGGAAAACUAGAAAAUGAAAUAUCUGGAAAUUAAACAAUCCAAUUUUAAAUAACCAGUGGAUCAAAGAAGAAAUCACAAGGGAAAUUAGAAAGUACUUUGAACAAAUGAAAACAAAAACACAACACACCCAAACUUAUGGGAUGCAGCAGAAGCAGGGCUAUGAAGCAAAUUUAUAGCUGUAAAGGCAUACAGAUCUCAAAUCACAACCAGCAGAAGAAAAGAAAUAAUAAAGAUUCCAGUGGAGAUAAAUAGAGAAGAGAAAAACAGUAGAGAAGAUCAAUGAAACAAAAACUGGAUUUUUGAAAAGGCUGUCUCCUGUGCUGUAGUUUUCAGCAAGACCCUGGCUCAAACUUCACUCACAACACUCAGGUUGUGCUUUUUUUUUUUUUCCUUUCAGCAGACAGUUACCAUGUUUUUUUGUUGCUGAGAAUAAUUAAGAACUACUCAGCAAAUUUCAGGUAUACCAUGCAGUGCUGUUAACUAUAGUCACCAUGCUGUGCAUUAGAUCUCCAUAACUUACUUAUUUUGGGUAUUCAAAACUUCAUACCUUUUGACCAAUAUGUUUCCAUUUCCCCUCUCCCCCUCCAGCCCCUGGUAACCACCAUCUACCCUCUGCUUGUUAGAGUUCCACUUUUUUUAGAUUCCACACAGCAUAAGUGAGAUCAGGCAGUAUUUCUUUCUGGGCCUGUCUUAUUUCACUUAGCAUAAUGACCUCCAGGUUCAUCCAUGUUGUUGCAAAUGACAAGAUUUCCUUCUUUUCAAAGGCUGAAUGAAAGAUUCCUCUGUAUGUGUCAGUGUAUAUUCUCCAAAUUUUCUUUAUCCAUUCACCCCUUAACAGACGCUUAGGUUGUUUCCAUAUCUUGGCUAUUGUGAAUAAUGCUGCAAUGAACAUGGGAUUACAGAUAUCUCUUCCAGAUCCUGUUUUCAUUUUCUUUGGAUAUAUGCCCAGAAGUGGGAUUGCUGGAUCUUUCAGUGGGAUUGCUUCAUCAUUUUAAAGAUGGGGAAACAGGCCCAGAGGAGGGAAGAAACAAACCCAGGGAACGAGAUUGAGGCACUGUGCUGGCAGGAGCAGGAAGACCUGCUCUCAGAGUCCGGGACGCGCACUGGGGCGAAGUGAGUUAGCCCACCACGCUGACCGUAAGCCCUGAGGCUUUGCCUCUUGCUGGCGCCAGGAUCUCUGCAGCUUGUGGCCAAGAGCGUAGAUGCUGGAGUCACUUUCUGGACCUGUAAUCACUGUAGGCCUCAAUUUUCUCAUCCGUAAAACAGGAACUUCUGACACACGCUACAACUAGGAUGAGCCUUGAAGACUUUAUGCUCAGUGAGAUGAGCUUGGGCCUGGGGGCCCCCUGAGCCUCCACCCCCCGCCUCCCCCAGGGGGA